GGAGGCACAAGACGCGGGCACGGGCUGAACUCGUAUCCGUGAGAUACGCGUAUAGCCAAAUUUAAUAGUAAUAAUUAAAAACGCUGCGUGAACUAGCCCCCCUUCACCCGAAAGCAUCGGCACUAUGUUUUGCAAAAAAUAAAUAAUAAGUACGAAAUAUAUUCUCGAAAAUCGUUGUAUCUGUGUAUCGGAGAACCGAAAAGAGGCCGUCGUUUGGCGCUCUCGCAUCUCAGCUGCCAGUGGCCGAAAGACGCAACUGCUGCGACCUUGCAAUGCCCUUGAAUGACACUCUUAUUGCGACCAAGUCGCCAACGUUGCCACUUUAACGGGCGCUGCUGCCACGGCUGCCACUCAGCGCUGGCAAAAAUACACACAAUUAUUAAUGAAAAUAAUAACACAAUAAUAGUAGCUAUCACAGAAACAAAAUAACAGAACGCUGCGCUGCACAUAAGUGAAAAUUUUAUUAAAGUCAAAGAACUUUCGCGUGCCUUCGUGAAAGCCGAAAAGCCCCGACGGAUCCUUAUCAAAGCUUUAACCCACAACCGAAAGAUGUGCUAAAAUAAUUCGAAAUAAUUGACAUUUACAAAGAUAUCACCCGCCUAAAAAUAAAAAAAAAUUUAAUAAAAUUAAAGGCAAACCACAUAUCCGAGAAAUCUGAAAUAAGCAAGUGUUAUCUAACUAGCGCCCCUGGUGGCCUGUGUAAGUGUGUGUGUGUGUGCGCGGCAAAGGAAAGAGAAAGUUCUCGGCGGCGAAUAUCCUUCGGUAACCUUUCACCAUCAUUGGGUCACCUCCUCUGGCAUCGCAGCAUAAACGACAGCAGGGCACGCGAAUACCUACGGGCCCACCAGCGCAUAUAGUAACUAUAUAUACCCAGAAUCGGUGUAUGUGGGCGAUAUUUAUGCCACGACUUUUGACAAGCAGUUCUUUUUAUUGCUACGCCGACGAGCGCGAGUAGAACGCUGGCCCAAACGCCAAAAAGGGAAAGCCUUGGAAUAAUAUUAAAACAUCAGAUAUUCCGCAGAUCGGACGUAAAUGAACGAUCCCGGCGAUAUACCACUGACACACACGAGCACUCCGGACAGCAGGCCGCCCUGCAGCAUCAUCUCCAUCAUACCCACCAUAGGGAUGUCCUCAUGUCGCGGAAGAGCCGAGGCAUUCGCACGGAGUCUGUCCUCCAAGCUGCGCACCUUGGGAUCACAGACAACCGAGGAGGGCGAGGGCAACGCGGAGGAUGAGCCGAUCAUAAAUGGAACCAGCACGAACACGUGGGUCAACUCCCACGACUCGGAGCAGACAGUGACGGACCUGCAGCCACUGCGCCAUGAGUCCGACUCCUUCUUCGACUUCGACUGCGAGCUGGAGUCGCCGGGGAGUCCUGUGGACGAGUGCGAGUACCUGCGCCUGAUCGAAACUGCCUCGAAUACGCCGCACAACUCCACGGCGGAGUCGGGCUAUGCCUGCGCUUCAAUGGCCAGCAGCCAUAGUAGCAGCAAUGAUGGUCCGUACUUUGACGCAUCCCCUUCCACAUCCAAGGCUGUAGCUGCCCAGGAUCAGACGCUGCCAGCCUCGGAACUCAAGGAGUAUGUGAAUACCCUGCAACUGAACGGAAGGCAUGGACUGGCCAAUGGAGUGCAGGAGGAGCAGCCAGCUGGCCAGGAUGCGGUGCAGGAGGACGAGACCUUCUUGCAGGCCCAGAUCCUCAGUGAGCUCCAAAAGCACAGCAUCAGUUUGACGGAAGUGGAUCAGACAAGUUCCGAGGAGGGCAAGCUCACCAAUGGGCAUCUCGAGGAGGUGGAGGAGCUGGAACUGAAGGACGUCCUGGAGGUAGCUGGUACUACAAACAGAGCUCCAAAUGUAAUCGUUGCUCCACAAGAAGAAGCCUCCACUGACAGAACCCAAGAGGAAUCACCUAAUGAUAGAGUUCAAAAAGAAAGCUCCCAGCAAAGGGUUAUAGAAGAAACGCCAUUCGAAGGAGUUCAAGAAGAAUCCCUUAAAGACAGAGUCCAAGAGGACGCGUCCGAUGAAAGGGUUCAAGAGAAAAACUCCAACGAUACAGUUCAAGUGGAAAUCAACCACAAAUCCGCCACAGAAUCAAUCCCCACCGAGGUAACCACUUUGGAAAGAUCACCAGAGGAAAGCAAGAAUGAUGAGCUCUCGCCAGACAGUGGUGUGGAUGAAACAGACAAGUCGGCCAGUAAUCUCACCGUAAAUGUGGACCUGGCCCAAAUCGAACAGGCCAAACAGGAUGCCACUGAGGCUGUGGAAAAGACUGGUGCCCCCAGUCGGGGUGCCACAGUCGAUACCACAGAUGAUGAAGACGAUUGUAGACCCCAGCGCAUCAGGCGUUGUUCCUCCCUGAAAACGGGAAAGACACCACCCGGAACUCCGGGUCGCAAGAAGAUAGUGAGGUUUGCCGACGUCCUUGGCUUGGAUCUGGCCGAUGUGAAGACCUUCCUGGACGAGAUACCCACCAUACCGAAAUCGGCGUUCGAAGACUUAGAGAUCCUGGAGUCGGAGCCGCCACUUCAGCUCGGCCCCAAGUCCGACAAGCUACUGAUGCCUCUCUUCCAGCAGCCAGGGGGCCUGCCCAAGUUCCUCGAUGCGGUCCGGGAGAAGCAGGUUUCCCUGGAGAACGCUGCCGUGACGGAUAACAUCAACCAGACGAUAUCCGGAUCGGUGCGCGUGCGCAAUCUGGACUUUCACAAGUCGGUGCACAUAAGGUACUCGCUGGACGGAUGGAGGAGCUACGCCGACCUGCAGGCCAACUACGUGGAGAACUCCUGCGAUGGCUUCUCCGACAUCUUCACCUUCGUGCUGUUCGGCAACUCGCUGCACGUGGGCCAGAGGCUGGAGUUCGCCGUAAGGUUCCAGUGCAAGGGCCAACAGUUCUGGGACAACAACUACGGGGCCAACUACUGCUUCCAGUGUUUGCCCAGCUCGACACAUACCGUCGGCGGCUCCACGGCAUCGCCUCCGUCUGUGGCGACUGGCGCCGUAUCCACCGGCCAUAGUGCCAGUCUGGUCGGAUUGCUAAGCCCCACGGCGGGCGAUGCCUGGUGCAGCUCCUUCUACUAACCGGUGGCGAUGGGCCCGCACUAAAGGCACUGGCAUCCCGUCUAGAAUCCAUCCCCCCCACCAUGCCCAAUCCAACGACACGACACCAAGAUCUGGGAAAGUUUCCGGGCCUUGUCGUGGUGUCUACGUCCCAGUAAGAAAUCAAAUCCCAGCAGUCCCAUAUGACCGCCCAGUCAGAGAUCACAGAUCAGAAUACCAACCUUCGUGGGGCUAGCUCUUCAUUAGGGUGAUUGGAUUUUUUGUUAGAAAAUCCACAAGGAACUAAGUAUUUUUUUGGCAAUUCUUAACGUAACGUAUCAACACAUUUGGAACUAAUUUGGAAUGAAAUUUUCAGUCAAAGGCAGAUUAAGUUUUGAUAUUUUGCAACUUAAGAGCUGUUACUAACAAGAAGAACUAUCGUACGAAAUGUCAAGAAAUUACAUAACUCCCACAAGAAUAUUUCAGUCCCUGCACGUCGAUAAGUCGAACCACCCUACCCUUCCAAGGAAGGCAAACAUUGUUUAUAUUUUUAUAGAAUGAACGGAAAAGAUUGAAGGGUUAGUGAAGGGCAAGAGGAGCUGUAAGAGCGCCACAAAAAACUAAAGAAUCAAACCAGAGUAGUGCGAACUAGAACAAAAGCCAGCAGCAAGGUUCGAAUGAAUCCCAAAGAUAGUUGUUAGUCGUAUGUUAUAAGAAGAGCAAGUGAUAACAAACUAAAACUCAGAUCAGUUUCUUCAAUGUCUUCUUCUGUUUUUAGUUACUUUCCCAAUUUUAUUUGGUUUGUUCCUAGGUUUGUUUGUCAUGCGAAAGCGAUUGCCAGUGGGAUCGGGCUAUUAAGAUUGUGUAUCUGCCAGAUAAAGUACCUUUUAAAUGAAUCAGUUAUGUGAAAAGAUUAAUUGCCAUUAAUCUUAGUUCAGCAGCAGUUCUGAGAAGUAUAUGAGCUUAGCACCAUUUUUAUACUUUUUGUUCGGUAAAAGCAGAUCCGUUCGAGCACAGAGAUCAUGUCAAAAGUUAACUAUAACUAACCAACAUCCACUAUCUAGUCAACUCGAGUUUACUUUUGCUACCUUUUGACUAUUCGCAGUCAAAAAGGAAAUACUCCAAUCCCACUAUAUUUUUAGCCCGAUCGGGGAAUACCCUUUUAGCCAUCCAGCAGACAAACCUUAACUUUUGUUUCUCUUAAAUGUUGAUAUUCCUCUAAUGUUUGAUUUUUUAAAUGCUUUAAUUUUAAUUUAAACGAUUUGAAUAUUUUCUAUGUAUAUGUUGAUGCGUAAUAUAUCUAUCGUAAUAUUAUAUAAAUAUAUAUACAAAAUAAAAUAAACAUAAACCUUAGUUAUUGCUUUUCGGUUGAUUCUUUCAGUUAUCUAUGUAUUUUCUGAAUAAUAAUAAAUACCAUUUGAGCUCUUCUUAUCCACAACAGAACCUUAAAUAUCCUAUAUCAGGGAUAAACAAACGAUUAGCUACUUAUAACAAUUAAUUGCAAACGCAGCUACCUCAACGUUUUCCGACCGAAAACACGAAAAAGAGAGAAUAAUAGUUAAACAAAGUAAAUUUAUGAUUAAAGAAACUAUUGAAUAUGUUUAUUGCAUAGCAAACAUGUGUAAAACAAAAGCAAAACAACAAAUAAAACGAACUUUAAAAGUUACAACUAUUUACAUAAAUAUGUUAACAUAGCAGAAAUUUCACAAACAUAACUAUCCAAAUGACUUAGACUGAAGCGUGAGUAUUUCGCGAGAUACGCGAGAAGUGUUAUGAGAUCUGCCCAAAAACCCAAAAAAUUUGUUGAGGUUUGUGUGGGCGUGGCUCUUGUCAGCAUGAGUUCCACUUCACACUUACAAAAGAAUAAUAAAGAAGCCACAGUAAAAUAAAACUGCAAA